AAUUUCUAGCUAGCAAAGUUACUAAUCAGUCCUUACGCUGUGCUUUCUUCCGCCGUCGAUGGCAACUGCGGCGGCGCUCUUUUCUCAUCUUCGCCGUGCGCGGGGAUCCUCCUCCCUCUCUCUCCUCUCUCUGCCACGUGUCCUGUUCUCUCACCACCCUCCUUUCCUUCCAGCUUCCCCCACACCUGACUCUCCAACCCUUACCUUUCUCGACGCGUUCCGCUCACGCGCUUUCUCGACUCGCCCUUCCAACGAACGCGAGUCGGAGCUGAGCUCGUUCGGCGUCGACUCGGCAGUUAACUCGGAGCUUCUGAAAGUGAUCGCUGACAACAGUGGCGGCGGCGAAGAUGACGCCAUUUCCCCCGUUCGUGCGGUGACUUGGAUGCUUGACUCAUUCCACGAUCUUUCUGGAUUUCCGUGGUGGAUAACUAUAGUUUCCUCUACUUUGGCUCUCAGAAUUGUUCUACUUUUUCCUGUGGUUUUCACACUUCACAAGGUUAAAAGGAUUGGAGAAUUUUUUCCUAAAUUGCCUCCCCCAUUCCCACCACCUUUCUCAGGAAAGAGUUAUAUUCGUCAGUUUGUAUUCUUCCAGAAGGAGAGAAAAGCAGUUGGAUGCCCCUCUUAUGUGUGGCCGCUGGUACCACUUAUUGUACAGGUUCCAUGCUUUUUCUUGUGGAUGAUUAGCAUAAGGAAGAUGUCAUUGGAUGGUCACCCCGGUUUUGAUUGCGGUGGUGCUUUAUGGUUCCAGAAUUUAACAGAACUCUCUCAUGGCUAUUCAGGGUUCAUCUUUCCUUUUCUGAUUGCUAGUUUGCACUACAUCAUUGUUCAGGUAUCCUUUAAGAAACCUUUGAUUGAAGAAACAAGGGACAUUUUUGACUUAUUGGCCAAAUAUUAUAAGCGAUACUUGGACUUUCUAACACUGCCUAUAGCUUUCAUGGGCUUUUGCAUUCCUCAGGGGAGCCAACUCUAUUGGGUUACCAAUAGUUCAUUAUCCCUCAUUCAGCACAUAGCUCUUAGACAUCCUGCUGUCCUCGCAAGGUUGGGGUUACAAGACAAGAAUGGCCGAAAAGCAGCUUCUGAGGAUAUUGGUGCUUCUAAAACAACUCCUUCAUUGGGGUUACCAGACAAAAGUCCAAUGGCAGAUACCAAGGAAACUGUUUCUCCUGAAAAAAGUCCUCUGGAUUCACUUGAAAACAUGCAUAGGAUACCUAUAGAGAACAUGUCCCCUAAAGAACUGACUGCUCUUUCAAUCCCAUUUCUAUCCAGCAAUGAUAAGGAAAGUGCAAUUCCCUUACUAAAACUAGCCCUUGAUAAGGACCCUGAAUACGCACGAGCUUUAGUUUUGAUGGGACGGGUUCUAUUGCUGAAGCAUGCAGAUAAUGAAGCUAAUGUGUACUUUGAGCGUGCAAUAUCAAAGCUUUCUCUUGCUGGCCUCCCAACUGAUGCGGAAGAUGUUGAUCUUUUGAUUCUUUCAUCACAAUGGGCUGGAGUUGCCUGUGAACGACAGGGAAAGAGGCCUGAAGGACGGGCACACUUUGAAAGGGUUGCAAAUAUGAAGGAGCCCGAUGAUUCUACUAGCAAAGGCUAUUAUUUUGAUACGUUGCUGUUGCUGGCUAGCACUCUGUUUGACGCGGGUCAAAAGGCCGAAGCUGCAAAGUACCUACGUCUUGUUGUUGCUUACAACCCUGCUUAUAAAAAAUUCUUGGAUCAGUGUGAACAAGAUGAUGAUAUUACGAGUGAUCUAGCCCGAAGUAGGAGAGAACUCUAAAUACAAUUUUUUUCUACUAAUAUUCGUGUUCAUUUAUUAUUUGUUUAAACAACAAUGUUUUACCUAUGUGGCAUGUUUGGUUUACAUUUUUUUU